AUGAUUUACGGUUUCAUCGAUGCUCCAUGCUACCUUCCAUCGUGGGACUGCCCGAUAGAGUAUUCGUACUGGCGCUACCGACCUUCAUUCAGCACCAAUGUCACCUUUACUGCGCUCUUUGGCCUAUCUAUGCUUCUCUUCCUGGUACAGGGCAUUAUAGGAAGGAGAUGGAUGGGAUUCAGCAUCGCAAUGAUUUCGGGUUGCGCUCUCGAGGUUGUCGGCUAUAUUGGACGCAUACUAGCAAGUCAAGAUAUGUUUGACGAGAACGCAUUUCUCAUUCAGAUCAUAUGUCUGACCAUCGGUCCGGCCUUCCUCGCUGCCGGUAUCUAUCUGUGCCUUGCGCGCAUCGUCACUACCGUUGGCCCUGAACACUCGCGCAUCAAGCCCCUUUCAUAUCCGCGGAUCUUCAUUCCCUGCGACGUGAUCUCUCUCAUACUGCAAGCUUCGGGUGGGGGUAUGGCUAGUGUCGCAACACACAACGGGGAAAAUCCGAUAACGGGCAAUCGCAUAAUGAUCGCCGGUCUAAGCUUCCAAGUUGUAACACUGCUCCUCUUCAUCAUAAUUGCUGUCGAUUUCGCCUGGCGCACUUACAGCGGUCGUACCCACCUUGGACAGAUUCCCCCGAAUCAGCAGCAGGCGAGGCUUCGCCGCUCCUGGCCGUUUAACGCCUUCCUUAUUGCCCUAACAAUCUCCACUCUUUGCAUUUUCACAAGAUGCGUGUUCCGUGUCGCCGAAUUAAGCGAGGGCUGGGAGGGUUAUCUUGCCACUUCACAGAAGUACUUCAUUGGACUUGAGGGUGCAGUCAUUGUCGCGUCGGUACUCCUCCUGAACUUGUGCCAUCCGGAUAUGUGCUUCAAGGAUGCUAUUGAUGCGAGGGUUGUGCAACCGAGCCAGAGGACGUGGUAUGGCAAAACGAGGAAUGCUGGCAUGGUACUUCAUGGUGGAGAUGAGAGUCACACUGAAUUGGUUGGGUUCAACAACAGAGACGGAAAGUAUAGAGCGUGA